AUGCGUUUUGCUGCUGCCGUCGCUUGCGCCUUUCCAGGCAGAAGGGGCGCAGGCUACGAGCAAGUCGUGGGGAAGCCUCUGGAGGUGGCUUGUGUCUUUUCGUGCUUUUCGAUGCUGCAGGCUUUGGUCUAUGGCGAGACCCCUCCAACUUGCCGUCCUGAUCUGCCUCGUGUUCUUUCCGCUGAGCGUCUUCGCAGCCUUUUCGGGGGGACCGCCUCAGCAGUAGAAGCCUACUACGACUUUGUCGCCUCACACGCCUUCUCUGUGUGCCUCCCUUUCCGCCUGCGCGUCGUUGAGGCCCCUCCAGAGGGCCUCUGCAGGGCCCCUCUUGGGGGCCCCCUUCCUGCGGGGGGGGGGCCCUCUACCUCAGGCCAAGAACAGGGCCUCAUGGCAGCGCAGGAGGCACUCCGGAUGCGCUCUCUUUACGCCAUCGAGUUGUUCUUCUCGCACUGCCCCUCUUACCGUCCACUCCACAGUGUGUGCAUCCCUUUCCUACAGAGCCCUCUGAGUGCACUGCCCGACAGCCCCUCCAUGAACUGUUCCCCAGGAGACAGGGAUACGCCGACGGAAGAAGAAGCUCGGAUGCUCCGAGAAGCCUCCGAGGAUGCCUUUCCAUUCGACUACAAGAUCAUUCUCAAGCUACUUCCUGUGGAGCCCGUUCCAGCAGUAUUCUCAGUUGGACUUCGUUUCAGCGACUCUCAAGGCGCUGCAUACUCUGGCAGUCUGCAGCCAUUCGCCGUCUCAUUCCAGGACCUGUUCCUGCCGGUGCAUGUCGGGCUGGCUGCUCUCACAUUUUUGUGGCGCUUGUGUGCGGGGAUGCAGACACUCGACCUGGAGAGUUCUGUAGUGAAGCGAAUGAUCCAGAUGUCUCUCAGUCCGUUUUUGAUCGAAGAGAGCAUCACGCUGGAGCCCGAGACAUUCGACUAUUCUCGAUUUGCUCUAGGCCCCCCUGACAUCGAGGCCCCUGGAGGCUCCCCCGUGCCUGCUGAGCAUGCGCCAGCGAGCUAUUCUUCUGGAGUGGGGGGACAGGAGGUAGCGCCAGCAGGGGAAGGAGAAAUGCACAGGGGCCCUCCCCUCAUGGGGGCCUGCGAUGUUUUCGUGGAUGAAUACUUUGAUGGCCAAAUUCCUUAUAGUGAAAUUCUAACGAACCUUAAAUACCACACAGAGGGCACCUGUGAAAAGACCCCAGGAGGAGGGCCCCAGACUAUACGAGGGCCCCAGCUUGAGACACUGCAUGCCCUGAUAUUCCUGCCUCCAAAGUUCCACCUGCUGCUAAGGUUUACUAUCUCUCCGAAGACAGCCAUCGUCCGUUGUGCUACAGACAGGUGGGAGACCCUCGGCUAUCUGGAUGCCUUCUUUUCUAAGAUGUAUGCGCUAGCCACCUCAGAGCUUCCCGAAGGAGGGCUGCCGGAGAUGCUUCCGCAUCCACACCACAGUGGACAUGGCUGCCCCCCAGUCUCCCCUUCCCCCUGCGCCGAACCGGGGGCAUUCCGAGUAUAA